ACAGAGGUUAAAUUUAGCUAUUUCGCGUGUUGCUCGUGCCUGAGUCCGGAUCUCUGUCUGGCAGCUGCAGAAAUUUCUUUUUCAGGCUACAGUGGCCGUUUCUCUGCGGCUGAUGAUCACGGAAAGAUGUCCUACGUGGAGGUCAACGUUUGUGAAGGACUCCUGGAGGAAUAAAGCAGCGCCUUGCCUGCUUUCUGUUUCGCGCUGACAGCAUUAAGAAGUCCGCGCACUUAAGGCGGCAUGUCCGAACGACAAGAAUCCUCGUCCUUUCUUACUAUCCCCAGCAGACAAGCUUUGGCGGAGGCAGCGGGGGAUGAAGAGGAUGAAGACGACCCUGCACUGCUGUCCCGACUGCUGCCCCGCUCAUCGCCCAUCCCGAGAAGAAGGGGCCUUUCCAUCAUAGAGGACACGGCUGAAUACUUUAAGAACCGGUCGCAGGUGUCUGCAGAGAGAAGGGUUUCCUUCGCGGACGCGGUGGGUUUCGACCUGGUGGAAGUGAAGUUUUACCAUAAGUUUGAUAGCGACGAUAUUCUCGCAACCAGCAAAGAGGACAGCGAGGACGUGUCCCCCAUUUAUCAGGUCCUACCCACCUUUACUUCGCCUGACCCAUGCCAACUCCUACAGGCAGUACGGGCCCAGAAGGUCGAGGUGGAGAGAGUGUGGCCGGCGGCAGAUGACCCCCUGUCACUGCUGGGGCACGUCCGCGUCCUUAACGUUUCCUUUCAGAAAUGCGUAUACGUGCGUUCCACCAUGGACAGCUGGGGGACCUUCUUCGACUACCUGGCCGACUACGUACCAGACUCUUCGGAUGGAGAAACGGACCAGUUCCUGUUCAGGCUCGCUUUUACUGCUCCUUACCUAACAGAUGGCUCCCGCAUUGAAUUCGUGGUUCGCUAUGAGUCACCUGAGGGGGUUUUCUGGGCAAAUAAUGGGGGACAGAACUAUGCUGUAGUGCUGAAGGUGACCGCAAAAGAUACAGUGACGGCAAAGGAGGAAGAAGAGGAAAACGAUGAGGAAGAGGCAGAGAAGUACAUGGAGUCAGUACCUACUGUGAACAAACCGCACCGAGGCAUUUUAAAACCAGUGGCCCUUAGAUCCCGGGCAGAACAUGAAAUUCCAGAAAUGGAGGAUGAGCACAAGGUGAUGGAGAGGGAUACAGAAGAGACUUCACCAGACAGAGAACAUUCAUCUCUUGCUUACCCUGACAUUAACAUAGAGAUUCCUGCAGUUUUCAGGCUGAGCCCUUCACCAGAUAUCCAGCUCCAAGCAGAGCCUUAUUCAGCCUUUGAAGAAGUUGCACCAUUUUCAAGAAUUCCCUUAUUUCCAGAUCAACAUGACCCACACUCCACUUGUGAGAGUAUCCCAAACACUGUACUUAAUGAACUAUGGAAAACUUCAGUUGAUGUAGAAAAGCAGUCGUCAGCAGAUACUCCCAUUCCACCUUUACCAGAGCAGCCAGAGACAUCCAUCCCAAAGGUGCAAGAGCCUUCAGAUGUAAGCCUUAAUGUUGUACCUUCCCAAGGCCUUACUAAUGGUAUAAAUUCAAGGUUAGAUUCUGUAACUCCGCCAGAAUCAGGCACUUUGGAAAAUCAAACAGAAUGUAAAAUGUUGGAAAUGCAAUUUGCCAAAGAUAUAGAGUCAAAAGUAGUAUUUUCCAGUGCUGCAUCCCAGUUCAGAGAAAAGCAUACCAUAAAAGACAGUCAAUUGGAUUUUACAUUGGCUUUGGAAAGUAAUGUGAUGGAAAAUCAUAAAUUAGACAGCAAAGGAAAAAUUCUGUCACCUAGCCAAUCAGGUGAAGACAAAUCCUUCCUAGGUAAUAACAACCAAACAAACAUUUCACACUCUCUAGAAUUGCCAUUAAAAAUUAUUUCAUUUGAUGCUGAUGAAUCAGGAUUUGAAACAGAAGUGAAAGAGGACAAGUCACAGACUGAGAUGCUUGCCGGAGGUGCCUUUGAGAAUGUGGAUAAUGCAUGGCCAGAGAAGACUACCUCAACAAGUCCUGCUAGAAAGGCAGAAGAGAUUAAAAAACAAGACAACCAGGAGGCUGAGGAAAAAAUGAUUGAAAAACAUGACAAUCAGGCAGUAGUGGACACUGACGAUGAAAGAAAUACAGAAAGAUCUGCAAGAAUUGAUGAGAGCAGAAUGGCAUCUAAGAGCAUGCUGGAUUCAAAUAAAGAAAAUGAGUUUGGGCAAAAGUUAGAGAAAUCUGUUAGUUCAAUCUCAUAUUUUUCAACACCAGCAUUAAAACCUGAAGAUGCUGAUAACGGGGAGAAGGUAGUUCAGAACAGAGAAGAAGUACCUACUGCCAAGUUGGCCAACAGAAAAAUUGACUUUAAUAUACCCAAAGAUAUGCCUGAUCCUGGACAACUUGACAGAAAUUUUCAAGUGCAGGACAACACUAUUAAAGAAGAACAAGGAGCUUUCAAAAGCUGUGAUGUCAGUAGGUUGGAGAUUUCAGACCAGAAGAGCAGUGCAGCUCCCAGUGUUGGAAUGCAGAUGGAUACAUUUAGUGUAGCAAAGGAAGAGUCACAGGGCAUGCAAGAAGUGAAAACUUCUGAGUCUUACUAUGGAAAUUUUCAAAAGGAAGUUUGCUGUACUGAAGUGUCCAGAGGAGGGCUGGCAUGUGUAGUGAGAGAGCCGCUGUUCAAUCAAGCUCUCUGUACAUCUUUCAGUUUUCUUUCUUGCCUCGUCUUAAUAGCUGUCAGCUUGAAUUAUGGUGGAAUCACAUUCAUCAUAGGAAUUUAUCUGAUCUACAUGUAUAUUGAGAACCAGAGAAAAUAACUUCUUUUUUUUUUGUGCUGUUUUUGUCUUCCUGUCCAUCACAUAACACAAUUGGCCGGUGCUACUUUAAGGCCCGCUGUUGUCAUGUGGGUGUGUUUUAACUUGUGUUUUUGCAUAACAAGUAGCAGAAAUAACUUGGUACAGCACUUGAGAGAACUGGAGACUAAUGAACUUGUAGACAAGUCUUUUCAGGGUGAAUAUAUGGGAUUCCCGCAGCCUUUACUAUUGUUUGCUGCUGACCUAGGGUGCCUUACUAGAGAAGAAGAAAUAAGUGGAGAUAAAUUAUUUUACAAUAUGCCUAACCAUCUAACAGAUAUUUCUCUGUGUCAUAAAUAAUAAAGAAAAAACAAAGUUUAUCUUACAAGGA